CGAACUGAAAAGAAAAACAUAAACACAUCGAAGAAAGUUCAUUAAAAUGAUUGAGGCCGAAGCCAUUGAAAUUGUCAAACCAAAAAAGAAACUCAAAUCGCAAAAAUCCAAGAAAAGUCGUUCAAAAGUGAAGAAAUUACAGCCGCAUACGAAACGAAAAAUCCAAUUGACCCAAGAAUUUGAGGAGAAUGAAAGAGAAGUGGCUACGCUGUUGGAAAAUGCAAGUAUUCUCAGUGAGUCAAUCAAUAAUGAGGUGGGUCGCGAUGAUACCAAGUCGCCAAGUGAGAAAUUUUUUUGUGGCAUCAAUAAAGAGGAGUUGAAAAAAGAAGCGGCAGCAAAGAAUGUGACCAAAGAGGAGGAGGAGGAGGAGGAUGGGAGCAGUGAACAAAUGGAUGACCCAGAGGAGAUUCUUUCCAAAAAUUCCACUGAUGACUUGUCCAAUACAACACGAAGUCAGCAGCCAACAUUGGCCUCGACCUUCAUACAAAUCGCCGAGGAUAAUUUGGAAACCUUGAUACGCCUGGAGAAGACUGAGUUUCGCAUUGAAAAUGAGCAGUUCAGUUUCAAACCCUCGCUUGAGUUGGAACAGUCAUUGAUUUCAUAUCCAAUUGGCGAGAAAUUAAAUUCCAAUUUGAAUUUGUUUAUAAAUCGUCUGUCCAUGGAGGCCAAAGUGCGCAAGGGAAAAGUGAAGGCAGAAAUUUUGGAAGCUCUAAAAAGCUCUGUAGAUGCCAAUAGAUUUUUCAUGGACCCACUAUACUAUCGAACUUCAUGUGAUUUUAAAUUUAAACCGAUAUUCGUGGAACCCUCAUGGGAUAGCAUGGACAUACCCUCAAAGAAGCUACUGACCUUACAUCUCAAGGAUAUUCGAUUCACCGAACACCCUGAUCUUCAGGAGGAACACAAAUUGGCCAAUGAUUUGGAAUUACUCUAUGAGCAUCGCUGUCAACGUCUGAAGGAGAAAAUUACCGAAAAGCUUUAUGCCGAUUUGCAGGUUCAGAGAAAUAUUCUAAAUGAGCUGUUGAAAAGUGAAGAGAAUUCCACUAAAUCUCAUCACAGGAGACGCGCCACAGAUCAAGAGAGAAAGGCUUAUAAAAUUGAGCAGCAUUCAUUUAAAGUAAAAGCUUUAAGAGAGAAACUUUACGACGAAGAGCACACCAAUAAACAACUGUUACAGGAUAUCCUUCACAAUUGGCUCAGGUUGAAAAAUCUCCGCAAACAACAAAGUCACCAGCUGACACGCCUUAAGCUACGCCUUAAAAUCGAAGACCUCAAAACGACGGAGAUUAAAAAUCGCCAGCAGUUAUGGUCACAGCGUUUCGAUACCGAUCUCAAUGAAAUAUAUCGCGAGAAAUUGGAAGAAUAUUAUCGCGCCAAACGUUUGUGGCGUGCCCAGCGUGAUGAGGAUAUAUUACCGCGACCAAGAAAACCAGAUAUUGGCCAGUUGUCCUCCGAGUUGAAAGAUAAAUAUGCCAAAUGUUUGCUAAAUCCCAAGGAACCACGUAUUGAUAUCGUCCGCAUUUUCGAAGAUGAUCAGUCUUGGGCGGACAUGCCAGGUCCAAGGAAGUUACAAAGCUAUUAUAUGCGUGUCUUUUUCGAUGGGCAAAUGGUCGGAGAAACCCGCACCUACAGAUUGGAAAGAGAUUUGAGCUAUGCGGUAAAUGAGAAAUUGGGAAUUGUUUUGAAUCGUCGUUUGCCCAAGGAUAUAAAAAUAAAGCUUUACCAGAAACAGAAAUUAACCGGAUCCCAGAAAAUAGCCAAUAUUAUUGUGCCAUUGCCGUUACCAUCAGCAGACGGGGGAGAUGAUGCGCCACACAUGACAAUUACCUUCUCCUCACACAAGCAAUCCAUAUCCGGCUAUUUACGUUUGAACUUGCAGAGCGACGAACAGAUAUAUCCCCAAGAAAUUGUAGAGAGAUUAUUUCCAGCUCCUGGACAGCAUACCCAUAUUCCGCGAACCAUGCUCAAAGAUUGGUAUGAACAUAAUCUAAUGGCCUUACCAGAAAGUACUGAUAAAUUAGAAGAAGCACGGUCCGGAAGCAGUGAUAGUGAAGAGGAGGAUAAUCGUGAAAAAUUAAAAACUUGCACCUUCCAGGAAGAUCUACUGCGCUUUUGUGAUGUUGCCGAAAUCGACAAUAAUCCCCGCAUACGUCUAUUACGUUCACGUUAUACGAAAAACGACUCACGUACCAGAGAUUUGCGAUUUAUACCAAUGUUGGAACAUGAAUUGGAAUUUGAAUGGGAAUCGGAGGAACGUGUCCUGGAUCCCGGCAAUUGGAUGGAUCCCAUUGAUUUGCACAAACAUGAGGGUAAAAAAUAUUUGAAACAACUUUACGAGGCCAUACACAAUCAAUGUGUGCGUUUGACAAAGGUUGUGGCGAGCCAGGAGAAUUUACUGCUGAACGAUGAGCCAAUGAGUUGGAGUGCCUUCUUUCAAACCCUACGUUUAAUAUUUCAACCUCGUCUGAUUUUAAAUCCCGCCGGCAAUAUGUUGACCUCUUCAUCCCCUGGAGGUCAACAUUCGUUAUCAAUGGAUCAUGUGCAAAAAUUCAAAAUAGUUUGCAAUAUAAUUCGAGCAACGGGCAUACCGGUGAGAAUCACAAAUCCCGAAGAUACCGACAGUAGAGGGCACGGUGGCAGUCCUGUAUCCUCAAAUGUUUUUGUUUUGCAGAAUUUGAAAUACUCAAAUGUAAGACCAUUUGUAACUGUAAAUUAUAAGGAUAAAUUUAGUCGUACCAUGACUGCUGAGGGGUCAAAUCCAACAUGGAAUGAACAAUUGGUGAUACAAAUAAGCGGUUCCUUGUCGGAGCUACGUGAUGACUUGAAAAUUUGCCUUUUCGAUGAGGUAGUUGAAAAUCAAUGGAACGACGAUUCUUCGUUAAAAAAUACGGAUAUUUUUCAAAGGAUACAAAAUAAUUGGUUGGGUGAAUAUCGAAUACCAAUCAGUGCCAUAUUGUCGCAACAGAAGAUUGAUGGCGUCUUUGAAUUAAAUAAUCCGAAAAUUGUAAUUGGUUACAAACGUCCAUCGCUGGACAACAUAACCUCCAGUGCGGAGACAAAUAUAAUGAUUGAACAAUUUCCAGAAAUCAAAGAAUCCAUACGUUUAUGGUGUUACAUAAGUGUAGAACCAGCGCUGGAACUGCCCAGUAUCAAUACAAAAUGUUUGGAAUGUUCAGAAUUGAUGGAAAUACGCCAGUGUCUUAGUAAUUGGAGUAUGGAGGCAUGGGAAAUGAAACCGGAUAAAUUUCUAGAACCUAUGGUCUGCAGCGCUGAGGGAAAACGGAUAUGCAUUACAAGAUUGCUACAAGCCAUUCCACCGCCCAUCGAUGCUAGUGAGAAUUUGUUGGACAGUGCCUGUCGUUUUGUUUCGUUACUCUCGACUCCAAAGUCGUUUGAUCCCUGCAUGAGUUUUUCAGGUGUUUGGAUGAAUAAUGAGCUUCUUUUGGACACCACCUGGGGUUCUUCGAAAGAUUUGGGAGUUUUGCUUUGCAGUUACCUUCUGCAUUUGGGUCUGCAGUGUUGGUUGGUUCUCGGCCUAGCCUAUCCAUAUGGCCAGUGUGCUUUUGUUUUAUUCAUUUCCGACGAGGAAAUGCAAUUCAUAGAUCCCUGUAGCGGCAAACGUUAUUCGGUAAAGGAUGUGUUUUGUCCGUUGUAUCAAGUGAAAAUGGUCAUAGGCGGAAACAACUUUUAUCUCAACAUACAAUCCGAGCAUCGUGUUUCCAUGAUGAAUUUCAAUUUUUCCGAUUCCUCUUGUUGGCUAGCGGGUUUCAACAAACGAACACCAGCUCCCCAGGGAGGUUUCCAUGCCGAGGGAUAUAAAUAUCGGCUCUCAUCUAGUAUUGGUGAAUUGAAAUAUAAUAUUGAAAGGAAAAUAAUGAAAAAGAUAAGUAGCUGGCGCACCAUGCGUAAGACGGUGUGGAAUAGAGCUUUCCAGCCCCGUUUGUUAAGUAUUCUGCAAGCUAUGGAACAGAGUGCGACUUUUGGAAGCGGUUCUUCCUAUGAGGAAUUAAAAUACAAUAAUAUGUUGGCUGCCGAAUUUCCCAAUUAUAAGAUUUUCGGCUUUACCCUUAACUAUUCAUAUACGAAUUUAAAUCAAAUAUCCGAACGGAUUAAAUCGACCGGCAUUCAUCUGAACUCCAAUAAGAAUGUGGAAUUUUCAUUGGCCGUCCAUAUUCACUCGUAUCCGAACAAUGUACUCUCCAUAUGGAUAUUUCUAAUCUCGAUUGUUAUAAAUAAAUGAAACAAAAGUUGUACUGGAUAAAAUAAAUAAACUAAACCUGCCACUAAAAUGUUUAAUAUUUGCCAAUAAAUCGGAAUUUGUUG